UUACGGCUUCACAACAGGCAUUAAACACUCUCAGGCCAGAGAGGCCCCCCUGAUAUGCGACGGAUCUCCUUCAAACUUGAAGCCUGUUAACCAUCCAUCUUUUUCCACAAUCUGGGAGAAAAGAAAAGAAUGGAGAAAAAUUCUGAUACAAUCCCUUUGAUCAAUCAAUCAUCAUCUACAACAACAGAAGGGACUGCAUCCAAAUUUCAGACUAUAGGCAACAUCAUAGUUUCAAUUGUUGGAACCGGCGUUUUAGGCCUCCCUUUUGCUUUUCGGAUUGCAGGUUGGCUCGCCGGAUCCCUCGGUGUUAUUGUCGCUGGCUUGGCUACUUUCUACUGCAUGCUUCUCCUUGUUCAGUGCAGGGAUAAAUUAGCAUCAGAAAAGGAACUACAAGGGUCAAUAACAUAUGGUGACUUAGGUUACAAAUGCAUCGGAAAACCGGGACGAUACCUGACUGAAUUUCUCAUCUUUAUCUCCCAAUGUGGAGGAUCCGUAGCAUAUUUGGCGUUUAUUGGGCAAAAUCUUGCAUCUAUUUUCAAAGGCCAAAUGUUCAGUGUUGCAUCUUACAUAUUCUUGUUGGUCCCCAUUGAAAUUGCAUUAUCAUGGAUAGGAUCCCUCUCAGCCUUUGCUCCCUUCAGCAUUUUCGCAGAUAUAUGCAAUGUGUUGGCAAUGGGGUUUGUUGUUAAAGAAGAUAUAGAGCGUGCAAGCAGGGGAGAUUUUUCGUUUCGAGACCGGAAAGCCGUGACUGAUAACUUGGGAGGGUUGCCAUUCGCAGGCGGGAUGGCGGUGUUCUGUUUCGAAGGGUUUGGAAUGACACUGGCUUUGGAGGCAUCAAUGAAAGAAAGGAAGACAUUUCCCAAGGUGUUAGCCAUGGCAUUUACAUGGAUCACACUUGUGUAUGUUUUGUUUGGAUUUUUUGGUUACAUGGCUUAUGGUGAUGAAACAAAAGAUAUCAUAACAUUGAAUCUUCCCAAGAAUUGGACAGCCAUUGCAGUGCAGAUUGGGUUGUGCCUGGGGCUCGUAUUUACGUUCCCGAUCAUGGUUCACCCUGUUAAUGAAAUCUUGGAGGGGAAGUUGAAGAAAAAUAUAUGGUUUCAAAAGCACAACAACAAUGACGCUGAAAGUUCAGUCACAGGAUUAGGAAAGCUGGGAAUAUACCUCAGUAGAGCCGCUCUGGUAGUCAGUUUGGCAGCCUUGGCAUCGUACGUCCCAGGAUUUGGUGUAUUUGCGUCGCUUGUCGGGAGUACAGUAUGUGCAUUGAUAUCGUUUGUUUUGCCGGCCUCAUUUCACCUGACUUUGAUGGGAUCAUCUAUGAGUUUGUGUCAAAAAGCCUUGGAUUGUUUCAUCUUGUUGUGCGGAAUACUUUUUGCAGCAUAUGGUACAUAUAACACCAUAGCUGGAGUAUGAAAAAAAAAAACAAGAGAAAAUUGGUUUUGGUUUCGAAAAAUUUAGUUCUUCGAUUCGAUUAAUGAAAAGCAACAGCAGACUUGUGAAGUUGCCCAAAAUUAUUGGAUU